UGGGGGCCAAAUCCUGAGUAUAUUUAACUCAGACAUGUUCCAGAUGGUGGGUUGAUUUUUUCGUAGACUAUCAGUGGCAUAUCAAAGCUCGCUUCCACCGAUUAAAAUCUCAUCUAUUUCAUUCACAAUGACGGUCACUACUCCCCGUCGUCUGCUUCUCGUUAGCAUUCCCCGUUCGGCUUCGAAUCUUCUUCUGAAAAUCUUGGACAUUCUCAACCAGCCCAAUGUUUUGACCAACAGUGAGGCAGGCUACUUCUUUUUCCCGGCAUUCAUUCCCGCGAUGCAGGGUGGAUACCUGGACAAGCCGAUGGACCAGUGGACAGAUGCCAUGAAGCAAGAGGUGAAGGCUUCGUUCAACGGAUGUGUUGAGAGGUUGGAGGAGUUCUCUGCACGCGCCGAGGAAGAGAAGAAAUUCAUGUUCACAAAAGAGCAUGCCUACUGGUUCAUCAACCCGGCAGCUUUGCACGAAAUGUUCACCGGCACGGAGGACGCCAAGCUUUAUGAGGCAUUCCGAUUGCGUGUGGCCGAGACUUAUGGCCCACAAAGCUUUUCUCCAGCAAACAAGACCGUUCUGCCGGAUGCGUACCUCCGCAGUUGGCAGUUGGCGUUCAUCAUCCGUCACCCAGCACUGGCGUGGCCAUCAAUGUAUCGUGCUAUGGCCAAAAUCUCCGACAUAGGGGGCAUGGGCGAGAAAGAGAUCAGAGGUGUAUGGAGCACGAAUAUGACGUUGCGCUGGACCCGCAUGGUGUAUGACUGGGCUCUGGAACAGGGAACCACUCCGGCGAUAUUGGAUGCUGACGAUGUUACCCACAAUCCGCUGGCUGUGACGAGGUUUUGUGAGCUUACCGGGUUGGAUAAAGAGACACUGAAGUUUCAGUGGAGCGAGGAGGGGACCAAGGAGAGUGGUCCUAGUGUGGGCAAUGAAAGUGCAGAGGCUCUCGACAUGCGCUUGAAGAUCAAUUCCAUCAUGCGCUCCACCGUUGAUUCCUCUUCUGGAAUCAUCAAGAACAAGACGCCAUCAACCAUCGAUCUCGAUGUGGAGAUAAAGAGUUGGAAGGCUGAAUUCGGAGAAGAGGUUGCUAAGCUUAUGGAAAAGUCUGUCCUUGAGUCCAUGCCAGACUAUGAAUAUCUCAAGGCUCGACGGGUCACGGGGUAAAUUCUUGUGUAU